AUGCCGUGUAAGGGUCCCGGCAGGAGCAAGCUGCCAGUUCCUCUCCCCAAAGACAUGAUCCUGCAAGACACCGAAGGAAAAACCUGGAGGCUGGGCAGUCAGAUCGGCCAGGGAGGAUUUGGCUUGAUCUAUUUAGCAUCCCCUCAAACUCAUGUUCCUGUAGAAAAUGAUGCAGUGCAUGUAAUCAAAGUGGAAUAUCUUGAAAAUGGCCCCUUAUUUUCUGAAUUGAAGUUUUACCAGAGGGCUGCAAAACAAGAGCAUAUAAGAAAAUGGAUGAAUCUCAAAAAAAUAAGAUGUUUAGGAAUUCCUGUGUUUUGGGGAUCAGGCUUGGCUGAGUACAAGGGAAAAAGCUAUAGAUUCAUGGUCAUGGAGAGACUGGGGGAAGACCUUCAAAGAAUCUUUGAAGAUUGUGGAAGCAGAUUUAAGAAGGAAACUGUUCUGCAACUUGGAGCACGAAUGCUGGAUACUUUGGAAUACAUACAUGAAAGUGAGUAUGUCCAUGGUGACAUUAAAGCAGCAAACCUACUUUUGGGCUACACCAAUCCACAUGAGGUUUAUCUUGCAGAUUAUGGACUUGCCUACAGAUAUUGUCCCAAUGGGAACCACAAACAGUAUCAGGAAAAUCCUAGGAAGGGCCAUAAUGGGACAAUAGAGUUUACCAGCGUAGAUGCCCACAAGGGCGUAGCCCCAUCCAGACGAGGUGACCUUCAAAUCCUUGGCUAUUGCAUGCUGCAAUGGUUAUGUGGGAAGCUGCCCUGGGAGCAGAACCUGAAGGACCCUGUGGCUGUCCAGGCUGCGAAAACCAAACUUAUGGAUGAGCUCCCAGAUUCAGUGAUGAAGUGGGAUUCUUCUGGAAGCAGCUGUGAAAUAGCCAAGUUUUUGGCCUGUGUUUAUGGCUUAGCUUACGAUGAGAAGCCGAAGUAUCAAGAGCUCAAGAAAAUCCUGCUGGAUGGACUGAAGUCAAGUGGAAGGCAGUAUGAUGGCCCUCUGGAAUUCUCUGCAGCAGCAUGCACACAGAAUCACUGCACUGCUAAAGUGUCCAGAGGUCGUCUACCAAAGCCGAAACCAGCUCAGCAGAAGGGAAAAAAGACAGAAGGUGAAGAAUACACCUGUCAAAACAAAGCCUGUGCUGGGGUACCAGGCACUCAACUCCCAGGUGAAGAAAAGCCGAGGAAACUGAACAGGAACAGGGUGCUUCACCCAACAGAGCCUCUGCUGGUUCCCUUACCCAAGCCCUUGCACCAUAAUGAAAACUGGGGGAAAGAGGAUGACUCCAGCUACCCGAGCAGGCCCCGUGCCCGGGUGCCGUGCCGGCAGUUCUACGUGGAAGAGAAGCCAAUUAACUUUCACCCUACGGUUCAGGAGCCUGAGCAGCCACAAAAGAAAGACUGGACGAGAGAUCUGCCACCAUUCAACCCUCACACAGUAUUCUCAGAAUCCAUGAAGAAACACAACCACUUCCUAACUCCAGUUCAGCCAGCACCAUCCCAGGCUGGCUCUGGCACCAGUCCUUCUCUAGCUGUUAUAUUCAGGCUUGCAUUUACUGCUGAAACCUACCCCUACACUGCAGCUGUUCUAGUGCUCCUGCUACUCAUAGUACUCUCCUUGUGUCUUCUCUGA